CAAAAUACAUUUUCAAUUUGAAAGACUUAAACUUAUAAAUCUCUCUCUCUCUCUCCCUCUUGCUAGCUAUACAAAAAAUCCAACAACAAUGGUCUCUGUGAGGACCCAAUCUAAGCAUGUGUGUGUGAUCGGGGCUGGACCAUCAGGGCUAGUAGCUGCAAGGGAGUUGAGUAAAGAAGGCCAUAGUGUGGUGGUUUUGGAACAAAACCAUGAUGUUGGAGGCCAAUGGCUAUAUGAUCCAAAUGUUGAGGUUGAGGAUCCUCUAGGAAGGAACACUUUUUUAAAGGUACAUAGUAGUAUUUAUAACUCUUUGAGGCUCACAUCUCCUAGGGAGAUCAUGGGAUUCACUGAUUUUCCAUUUUUGGUCAAGAAAGGUAGGGACAUGAGAAGGUUCCCUGGCCACAAAGAACUUUUUCUGUACCUAAAAGAUUUUUGUGACUGGUUUGGGUUAAGGGAGAUGAUAAGGUUCAACACAAGGGUGGAGUAUGUGGGUUUGUUGGAUUCUGAAGCCAUUGGCAAAGAUUUGAGAUGGGUUGUUAGGAGUAAAGAGAAGAAGACUGAGAAAGUAGUGGAAGAAGUUUUUGAUGCAGUGGUUGUAGCCACAGGUCAUUACUCUCAGCCUAGGUUGCCUUCCAUUAAAGGCAUGGAUGCAUGGAAAAGGAAGCAAAUGCAUAGUCAUAUCUACAGGGUUGCCGAGCCAUUUCACAAUGAGGUUGUUGUGGUGGUUGGAAACUCCUUAAGUGGACAAGAUAUAUCAAUUGAACUUGUGGAAGUGGCAAAGGAAGUUUACCUCAGCUCCAAAUCUCUUAACAUUUCAGAAGGUCUAUCAAAAAUUCUCUCCAAACAUGACACCUUGCAUCUUCGUCCACAGAUAGAGUCUCUUCAUGAAGAUGGACGGGUUCUAUUUGUAGAUGGCACUUGGGUUAUUGCUGAUACUAUCAUAUACUGCACAGGGUAUUCAUAUACGUUCCCAUUUCUUGACACCAAAGGGAUAGUAGCUGUGGAUGAUGACAGAGUGGGUCCUUUGUAUGAGCAUACAUUCCCUCCUUCUCUUGCACCUUCUCUCUCUUUCAUGGGUAUUCCUAGAAAGAUUAUAGGGUUCCCUUUCUUUGAGUCCCAGGCAAUAUGGAUAGCUCAGCUUCUGUCUGGGAAAAGAACAUUGCCAUCAUGGGAUGACAUGAUGCAAUCCAUUAAGGAUUUCUAUCACUCUAGGGAUCUUGCUGGUGUUCCAAAGCAUUACACCCACGAUAUAGCAGAGUUUGAGUAUUGUGAUAGAUAUGGAGAUCAUGUUGAAUUCCCACAUUUAGAAGAAUGGAGGAAAAAGCUAUGCGUUUCAGUCUUAGUAAAUGCUGAUGUAAACUUAGAAACAUAUCGUGAUUCGUGGGAUAAUGAUCAUGAGCUACUUCAAGAGGCUCUUCAAAGUCCUCAUUUCACUCAACUUGGGACUGAAGCUUUUACUCUGUGAAAAAAGCCUAUUGGUUUUGCUUGGACCACACAAUUUAAGUACUAGUAUAUUGUCGUUUUGGGAUUUUUUUUUUUUUGGGGGAGUGGGAGAGAGGAAAGAACUACUAUUAUGGUUUAUAAAAGUUCUAAAAGAAAAGGAGAGUAUGAAACUUCCUUUAUUUUUUGUGUUUCUUUAUUAUUUUGAUCAAAUAUAAUUUUUUGAUCAAAUAUUUAAUUUAAAUCAUUCUAUUCAAUGAAACAACUUGAUGAGAUUUUAGAUGCUUAAGAUA